AUGGCCGACAACGAGGUGAGCGCGCACAUCGAACAGCGAAUUCUCAUGAGGUUUCUCGUGAAUGAAGACGUAAAGUCAUCUGAAAUUCACAGGCGACUUCGGGCUCAGUAUGGCCACGAUACACUUAGCCACAGCAAAGCGUUUGAGUGGUGCAAACGGUUCCGAGACGGCCGUACAUCAGUGGAGGACGAUCCCGGCCGGGGCGGCUCAGAGCCCAGUGUCAGAGUUCCUGAGAACAUCCAAGUUGUGGAGCGUCUGGUCCUCAAGGACCGACGGAUAACAUGUCUCGAACUAGCUCGAAAGACGGACCUUUCUGUGGGAACGUUGAACACUAUCAUUCAUGAACACCUCCAGUUUCGCAAAGUUCUCAGGGAUGUGCAUAAGGCGCUGAAGCAAAAGCGGCCGGCCCUCAUCACCAAAGGAGUCCUCCUCCUACAGGACAAUGGAACUUACAGGAACUUGGCUGGGAGUUGCUUCCACAUCCUCCUUACAGUCCAGCCCUCGCCCCUAGCGAUUUCCAUCUCUUCGGGCCACUGA